GUUACAAACAUAACGCUCUCUCUGCAAAUCUUCGCAGAAGGAGAGUGCGUUUAGGAUUCAAGGAUACUAUCACACAACGACGACGACGAAGAAAAAGAAGAAGAGGAGGAGGAGGAGAAGGAGGAGGAGGAGGUAGAGAGAAAUAGAGCGAUAGAGAGGGAGAGAGGUUUUUCUUGUACAGAUUUGUAACACUUGAAACCCUAGUUUCCCCUAGUACCGUUCACUCGCUUCAAUAUUUCUUCCCGAGAACCGGUCGCUCUAGAUUCCUAGGGUUUUCAUGCUUUUCAAUGCUUUCAUGUCUUAUGAAUGGAGAUUUCCUCUGUCUUCCCCGGUGAUUUCUCUUCUCUAGCGUCGUUCAUUGCGGCCGUGAUAGUCACCGGGCUGUGCUGCCUCUACGCGAUCCGAUUUAAAUCGAAAUCAGUUAAGACGGACGCUUGUAAUUGUGCCAGUUCCCGUGAAGGUGGUGCCGCAGGGGGUUCUGGUUCUGCAGUGACGGAGGAGAAGCAUUUGAACGGGGGAGAGAUGUUGGUGGCGGCGGAACGGCAGACGGGGGCGUCGAUGAUGGAACAAUUGGUGCCGGAGAUAACCACCCAUGCUCUGAGUUACUUAGAUUACCCGAGUUUGUGCCGGCUUUCGAUGACGAAUUCGUUGAUGAGAAGGGCUGCCAACGAUGACAAUGCUUGGAAAGCUCUUUAUCAUAAGGAUUUUACAUUGGAACAGGAGAAUGUAACACCUGCAAAUGGAUGGAAGGCUUACUAUGCUGCUACUAGAGCUAUUGUGAAUGUCAAUACAGAAUUUUUUAACAUCAUUAGAGAAAGAUCGCUUCUGUCCAUGGGUCGGCUUUGGCUUAAUGCAGACUACGUGAAAUGUGUUCAUGCCUCAGGAGAGCUUUUUACAGGGUAUAAUGCAGUCAUGCAGAGCUGGCAGCUUGCAUUCAGUUGGGAACAGGGUGUCGACUUCCAGGUGCGGGAUGUUAGGGCGAGGGUAGCAACAGACAUGGCUUGGGUUACCAUGAAAUCAUAUUGCAUUGGCAUGGAGACCGGCCCUUUUAACAUGACCAACGUUUUCGAGUUCCAUAAUGGCCGGUGGUACCUGGUGCACCAUCACAGCUCUGUGAUGCUCAUCGAUGACGGCGAUGGGGAGAAUGAAAUUGUGCAGGCUUAAGAAGCAGCAAAGAAGAUACAAAAAAAAAAAAAACACUGAUAUAUAGCUACGAUUACUGCAAAAAAACAACUAUAUAGCCUCUCUCUCUCUCUCUCCCUCUCUCUCACUCUCUCUGACUGAGGAGUUGAGAAAGCUAUUUGUGGUUUUUCUUUCGGGGAUCUUGUGCAAAAUCAUCUUCAUUCCAA